GAAAGGCGUCAAGAUCCUGCCCAACGGCGAGCAUCAGUGCCGCCUGGGUUCGAUUGGAUCGGUGAUUCAUCACGCGCGAUACAAGACGGACGGUGAAUGAGGAUCGAUGUGGACCGCGAGACCAUGCCGCUGUGCUGAGGUGGGUUGAGGUGCUAGCACUAGAGCGGAGGCGGGGUGCACCUGUUGCCCACCCUCUGUGUAUUUCAGCCAGCCUUGGGGCAUCCAUCGACCACAGGUCCGCCGCCCGCGCAUCGAAAUAUCAUACCCAAGCCUCGAGGGACUGGGUUGAUCCAGUGACUCGCGUCAAGCGACCUAUGUGCCAAGUGGCGCAUGUUUCCUCUGGAACUAUGGGACCAUGUCGUCGACUUUCUAUGGACAGACCCGCCUACGCUCCUGAGCUGCGCUCUGACGUGCAAAGCAUGGCUCCCUGCCAGUCAGCAUCACCUACGGCGGCAAACCACCAUGACCAUCAGAAACGAGACUAUGCUCAAAUGCAUAGCAAAUGUUCUCUGCUCGAGAAGGUCCCGGCGACUCUUCGAGCUCGUCGAGACGGUCCGUGUCGUGGAGGAUCCCACGAGACCGUUUGUCCGUACUGUCCCCUUCCGCUUGCCCGCAAGUGCAUUGCCAGCCCUAACAAGGAUCGUGAUGGAAAACAUCUGCUGGAUGAUUCCGGCGCAGGAACCUCAUCAUCAAUUCUUCGAGUCCUUGUCGGUAUUGGCGCGUGCUCAUGAGAAAGGGGCCGGCGCCAUAGAGCUUGUACAAUGUCGAUUUCGGCGCGUGCAUGCCUACGCUCGUCGGCUGGAAUCACGAUAACAUUACCAAUGGAUGAAGACGCAGUAUGUUACGAGUAUAUGUACAUGACGUUCUCAACAUAUGACCAGUACUGAACCGAAUGUAUUCAAACGCUGUUGAACA